AUGGGUGAACGACCUUCUGAUCCAACGAGAAAACCACGCAUCUUGAUGAUACCGCUUGGGAUAUUCUAUGGACCAAAGGAGAGCUGCUUGUUGUUUAGUGAAAGCAUCACUUGCCGCUCCGAGACUCUUUAUUCGACUUUUGCUGGAGGGGAGCCCGGAUAUGCAUUGAAUGAGGAACACCACCUGGCCACUGAACAGGCCGGCACUUUCAAAGCAUACAUCACUUCGACGGCCGGCACCAUCUUCACAAAGUCGGAAUGCAGUUUUUGUUUGAUGUAUGAAACGCGAAUUUUAGCGAACGUGUUUCUGGAAGAACAUUUGGACAUUAACGAAUAUUCAAUCUGGACUCCACCCUUUUAUCCCUGGAUUCACGACUUGCCAGAGAAGAUCAAUAAUCAAGAUGUGCGGUAUCCUUUUGAAGAAGAUGGCGUCUUUCAAGUCGACUACAAGCAUCUAGCUUAUCUUCGGAAAUUCCGACCACCAUUCACGCUUGAAGUCAAACGAGCACAUCCAGCGGUGAGCGUGACAGCUUACUUAGCGACCGAUUGCUACAAUGGAAUCAUGACUUUUGGUCCAAUAAAUGUCACUUCUGGAAGUGUUUACAAAUUCGAAAUGCUAUGCAUAUUCGUAGAGUUCCCCCCAACAUUUCCCGCUGAUAAAAGCACCGGAUUUUUGAUGAUACUUCGCGAAGAGUCGAGAAUCUUCACACUUGAUCCUGCAACUCCUUCCUUCGCUAUCCAUGGGGCUCGUCUCGCUGAGUUUAAUAAAGUCUACAUCCGGACCGAAGAAUUGGUGACAUUUCUGGUCACGUACACUCAAUAUGGUGGUGGGAAACCCGUGGAAAACACGAAUAGCUGCUUGAGUGAAUUCCCUUUUCUGAUAAACCAAGACACUCAGAAGUUCUUGAGUGCUGUGGAAAUCCCAUUCACCUCUGUUAUAAGUGGUGGGCAAGAGUGGAGCCACUUCAUAACGACACAGUUCAAAAAUGAAGCCCUAGCUCAGCUUGAGUUUCGAGAUUUCCCCUGUCAAGAAGCAAACGUGUCAGAUUAUGCAAUUGGUGUUCGCGUCGAAAAAUGGGUGCAUGACACAAAAGAUUUCCUUCUGAUCCCAGGAAUCAAAAAUGAACCCAAACAACCCUACGAGUUUUAUAUUUUGGUGAAAGAGAGCACAAUUGCUACGAUCGUCCCUCAUCCCGAAGAUUACAAAACAACCAUCUCUUCCCUCAGUCCUUUUGUUACAUUGAGAAUUUUUGGUGUUGAUGCGAGCGAGAGUUGCUCAAUGAUUCGGGCAAAUGAGUUCUACAAAGAAAACAACUACAUGCUUGUCGAUCGCCUCUCCGUGUGGACUCCCGCGUAUCAUCCUUGGCUCCUCGAUGAGCAGGAUAAAAUGAAUUAUAUGAGAACAGAGAGCGGAUUCUCCAUUGAGGGCGAGCCAGCAAAUAGCGUAAAGAUU